AUGUUUCGUGUUCAUGGCUACAUGCUUAACGGGCCAAAUGACCACCGAUUGCUUGUCCAGUGGUGCGGCUACACAAAAGACCAGGCCACAUGGGAGCCGUACGCUAAAGUCUGGACUCCCAGACAUGAACUCUUGCAGGACUAUUUCCACAAGCAUGGGCGGGGUCUACCCCUAGAUCUGGAAGCGCACGUAUCUGAUACGAGCGAUGAGGAGGAGCCUCAAGAAAUUGAGAUCAAGGUGGAGAACGAUGACUGA